AUGGGCGCCUCACUGUGCCAUCCAGACGAGAAGAGCCCGCAGCUGGCGCUGGGUGACAGGGCCCUGAAAUGUGUAGGGAGAUGCGACGCGGUCCCUUGUGGCCUGGGCGGUGAGCAAGAGCCGCGGUACAGAACCUCGCGAGAAGAGGAGCUGAUAGGAAAUUGGACCAAGCUGGAGCUCGGGCUGUUGGCCGGAGCGACGAACAGGUGCCCCCGACCGCUGCCUCUCCUCGUCCCGGGUGGUAUGGUCACCCACUUCGGAGGAGCACCUCCUGAGCCAGCAGAGCCGGCAGAUGUCUACGAGCUCAAGGCCUGGCCCAUCGGCUUCGGCUCUUUCUCGGAGGUUCAUCUCGCAAGGCAUCGGCGGACCAGGGUGCUCCGGGCCGUGAAAAGGAAGAAGAAGGUCGAUGGGCGCUGCAUGGUAGCCGACACCGACGAGGUACAGAAGCACCCUUCCCGAGAGCCCAGCAGACGCCGGAGGGAUGAGGCCCAAGAAGUUGAAGUCUUGCUGCGCCUAGACCACCCGAACGUGGCAAAGCUCCACGAGGUCUUCGAGUGCCAGGACGACCUCUACCUCGUCAUGGAACUCCUACAAGGCGGGAGCCUUGCUGAGCUGCUGCUCCCGAAGCAUCGCAGUCCCAGAGCCAAGGCGGUGCAGUCCUGGGCAGCGAGAGAGCCGCAGGAGCUGCCGCAGGAGCUGCAGGCCGAAGAGGUCACGGCAUCCAUGGAAGGACACGUGGGAUUGCCAGAGCACGAGGCAUGCCGGUUGUUUUGGCAAAUGCUUUCCGGCAUCAUGCAUUUGCAUGGUCACGGUGUCAUGCACCGUGACAUCAAGCUCGAGCAUUUCAUCUUCUCCAGCAGCGACAAAACCCAGGCUCAGCUGAAAUUAGUGGAUUUCGGCCACGCCUGGCCGUUGCAGGCCCUUUACGGGGCAGACGGAAGGAUGGUUCAGGAGCUGACCAUCCCGGGAGGCGUCGGCACAAACCACUUUAUUGCGCCUGAAGUGCGGGACGAUAGUGAAGUCGUGGCCCACAUGGCGGACCGUGCCGACAUCUGGUCCCUCGGCAUCUGCCUCCAUGCGAUGCUGACCGGCAGGCUCUUGCCAUGCAGAACUUCGGGCAUCAGCAAGGCCUCCCAGCUUAAGCAGCGGGGCUCCGCGGUGCCGGAGGAGCCGAUCCUUUUGUCUGACGGGGAAAGGCUAUCUCGCUUUGCCCAGGAUCUGUUGCAGUCACUCUUGCAGAUGCUGCCGGAAGAUCGACCGACAGCCGAGCAAGUUGCCAGACAUCCUUGGCUUGCUGCAGCUGUGGAGGCCGAUUUGAGUCAUGCAGCCAACACGGUGCUGCCCAGGUUCAUUACCGACCUGAGCAUCGUCGCCCAAAUCAAAUCCAUGAGACGUCUCUUCUUCCUUGCAAUAGCUCGCGAGCUGGAGGAUUCCGAAACCCUUUCGCUGCAGCCUAUGUUUCGUGCCAUGGAGGCUCAGUGUCGAGGGCCGCUGACUGAGCAGUCGAUCUCCGCUGCAGUGCAGAGGAUGAAGAAGCUCUCCAAGCUCAUGCCGAGCCAAGAACUGAUCCUACAGCUGCUGAAGGCCUUGCUUUGUGUGCUCCCUACCAUCAACUGCGACGGCUCGGGGGUCCUCGGCUGGAGCGAAGCUUUGGCGGUGGUGCUUCUUCUUGAGACCCAGGAAGGGGCCCGGUCCUGGAUGCAUGGGCCAUGGCAGGACUCUGCAGCGGAUCGGGCAUGCAUCCAGGCCUUCGACAAGUUAGCAAUGGGCGAGACGUGCAUCACCGUCAACUCGCUUCGCCGCAUGCGCUCUUGGGCGAGGGCGAAACCGCGAGAGCGGCUGGAGGAGCCCGAGGACAUGUUCACCGAGCUCGGCUGGGAGGUGGGCCCUGGACUCUCGCGCAGGGAUUUCCUGUGCAUUAUCCACGACCUGCCUCAGCCGGAGCCACUGACAGACACUUCCGAGCCACCCGAGCCGCUGCCGACUCCAUCGCGAUUGGAUGAGGAGUUCCCGCGAAAGAGCUCCCUCGGGAGCACAGAGGAGUACGUCUGGGAUGGACCUUCGCCGUAA